UGGCUCUAUUGUAUUAAUUCGAAUAAACAAUCGAUAUUACCUAUCGAGCAAUAAUUUAUCAUCGGUUUAACUCGUAAAAUACGCAUGCGCACAUAACACAAUAUUCCUGUUCGUUCGGUAUGGUAUAUAUAUAUAAUAUAUGAACAUACAUAUAUAUACGAUUCGGCGAAAUUAUCGGCAAAAGUGAUCAUUCUUGUUUCGUGAAAGUUCAUGUCAAGAAGAGAUGGGACAACACGUUUCAAGAACAGACUUCGAAUGGACUUAUACCGAAGAACCACACGCUAGUCGUCGUAAAAUAAUAUUAGAAAAAUAUCCACAAAUAAAGAAAUUAUUUGGCUACGAUCCUCAAUUUAAAUGGAUAGUAACUGGAAUGGUUUUAGUACAAUUUUUAUCCUUAUUUAUUGCUAAACAUUUAAGUUAUCCACAACUUUUUUUAAUGGCAUAUUGUUUUGGAGGUAUUAUUAAUCAUUCGCUUAUGCUUGCAAUUCAUGAAAUAUCACACAAUCUUGCCUUUGGGCAUGCUAGACCUAUGGCCAAUAGACUGUUUGGAAUGUUUGCUAAUUUGCCAAUAGGAAUACCAGUAUCUAUCAGUUUUAGAAAAUAUCAUUUGGAACAUCAUCGUUAUCAGGGAGAUGAAAAACUUGAUACAGAUUUACCAACUUUACUAGAAGCAAAAUUAUUUUGCACGACAUUUGGUAAAUUUUGUUGGAUAUGCUUGCAACCAUUUUUUUAUGCCUUUCGUCCUUUAAUAACUUAUCCGAAAGCGCCAUUAAUGCUUGAGUAUGUCAACUUAGCUAUACAAUUAAUAUUUGAUGCAAUUUUGUGGUAUUUCUUUGGUGGUAAAAUAUUGAUAUAUUUAAUUGGUGGAUCACUUAUGGCGAUGGGAUUGCAUCCUGUAGCAGGUCACUUUAUAUCAGAACAUUAUAUGUAUAGAAAGGGAUUUGAGACUUACAGCUAUUAUGGACCUUUAAAUUUUAUAACAUUCAAUGUUGGGUAUCACAAUGAGCAUCAUGAUUUUCCUGCUGUUCCUGGUUCACGAUUACCUGAAGUAAAACGAAUUGCAUCUGAAUUUUAUGAUGAUCUACCUAAACAUAAUUCUUGGACAUCAGUAUUAUAUGAUUUUGUAAUGGAUCCUGAAAUUGGUCCAUACGCAAGAAUGAAACGAAAACAUAAAGGCUUAAAUUCAUAAAAAAAAUAUUGAAUUUUUGCCAAUAAUUAGUAUUUAUAAAUACUAAAUACACAGAUUGUAUAAUUAUUAUUACACUUAUAACAAUGUAAGUAUAAUCAUUAUAUAAUAUUAAAUUC